AUGGAUGACGAGAAUUCAGUGACUCAACCUAGGAUCACGCGAAGCAGGAUUCCGGCGCAGACAAAGGGUCUGAACGAGAUGGAUCAGUCCCAUGCAAACUCGAGAUCGGGGCUUCCUGCGCCCUCGGGGCUUCCCAAGCCGGGAUCGAUCGCGCAGAUAUACAGCAAGCCGCCUGGCAUGGCGCCGGCUACUCGGUCGAAGACAGCAGCCCAAUCAUCGAUAGAUACGAGGAAAGGCGGACUGGUCGCGCCGGCGAGUACGCGAGCAACCGACGGCACUGCAAAGCCUCUUACCCGCACGAAAUCUUACGUGUCAUCUGCAUCCUCUCGAAACACGUCGACAUCCUCGCGGACAAGGUCAAAUACAUCAUAUUCAGCCACUGUUGGGCCUGGCACACGACCAGCUGGCUUUGGGAUCGCUCGCCCGCAGACAUCACUUAGUGGCACCCGGAAACCCCCUGCUUCAUCUGGCAAGCGACCAGCGACAUCGAUGGACAUUCGCGAGGAAGAAUCACCUGGAAGCGUCCUUAGGAAAAGAAAGGGUACGCAUAGAUCUUAUUGUCCUUCCAUACCCACCUCAACCCCGCAUUCCGUACUACCCGAUUCGAAUGGAUAUCGAAAUGGCACAUGGGACUGCAGCUCGAAUGGUCAAGGUUCAGAGAUUGGUGAUCGCGACAGCUUAUGCAGCGCGAUGUCUGAUCUUUCCCUCAGAUCCAAGUUUAAGCCAGUCAUGGAACCCAGCCAGCACAGUGACUUUACCCAAUGCUCUCUUAAGCACGACCCACCGAAACAAAUGUGCCCAAAUUCUGCAGCAUGUCUCCCUGUGACCCGUUCCCCGUCUCCUCCCAAGCAUAGAACUCCGUUGAAGACCCAGAAAAGGAUCCCACAAUUUCUAACCAAAGAUUCAGACACAAAAGCCUGGGACCAUGACACUCAAGUUCGCAACAUCGAUGAAAUAUGUGAAACUCUUUUUGCCAAAAUGAGCCAGGCAGGCCAAGAAAGUUUCGGUCUCAAAGAGACAGUGGAUAUAUACAAGUCUCGAGUCAAUGAGUUGGAGGCAUCGCGGACAGAACUCAAUGAGAAGAACGUCUCACUGCGAGUUGAAAUUGAGACGAUGAGGACUCGUCUCGAAGCAACCGAACACGCGCUCAAGGAGGCCGAGAGGGACCACGAGAUAGCAAUGGAUGAGAUUGCCGCGCGUCAACGAGCUGAAGCCGAGAGCAUAAAAGAAGAAGCAAAAAGAGAGCUUGAGUCUCUAGCUUCCAAACAUCAAGGAGAGAUUCGCGAGCUCGAAAGACGUCUGGACCAUGAGUUAGAAGAGGAAAGGCUACUGCACCAGCGUGAGACGAACCGCAUCAUGUCCGAGCGCACCUUGGACUCGCAACGCGGCCAGAUCGAGCUCGAGAACAAAGAUCGUGAACUUGCUAGACUCCGGGCAGAUCUUGAAGUGGUGCGUGAUGACUUGGAACGACAGCGACAAACCAAUCGUGAGCUUCGCCAGAAUCUUGACACAGCAAGCGGCAACAGCGUGACGCUAGAAUCGUCUGUCCGUGCGCUGAAGGCGAGAAUCGAGUUCCUCGAAUCCGGUAACCAGGAACAGUCAGCAGCAUUUGAACAUCUCCAGCAGCAACUAACUAACGCACUUGCUGAGACGAAUGAGGCGAAGGAGAAGCUGAGAAAAGAAGAAACGUUGCGGAGGAAAUUGCACAACCAGGUCCAGGAGCUUAAAGGAAACAUUCGAGUGUUUUGUCGAGUUCGACCGUCACUAGAGGCAGAACCCGCAGACGAGGUCGCCCAGAUCCAGUUUCCUGACAACGACAGCGAUUGCAAGGAGAUUUCAGUACUAGGACCCGAGGAGAGAAGCAGUCUUGGUAACAUCAGCAGGAAGAACAACGCAUUUUCCUUUGACAGAGUGUUUGGGCCUCGUACCCACAAUGCUGAAGUUUUUGAGGAAAUCAGCCAGCUGGUCCAGAGCGCGCUAGACGGGUACAACGUCUGCAUCUUCUGCUAUGGACAGACCGGGAGUGGUAAGACAUAUACCAUGUCUUCAGAAGAUGGGAUGAUCCCACGGGCUGUGCACCAAAUAUAUGACACGGCAAAGAGCCUAGAAGAGAAGGGCUGGGUAUACACUAUGGAGGGCAAUUUCGUCGAAGUCUAUAACGAGAACAUCAAUGAUUUGCUUGGGAAAGCCGAAGAGUUCGACAAGAAGAAGCAUGAGAUUCGGCAUGACAUGCAAAGGUGCAAGACUACUAUCACCGAUAUCACCACUGUGACCCUUGACUCCCCGGAGAUGGUGGAGUCGAUUCUUCGCCGUGCCGCAGCAAAUAGAUCAGUUGCGGCUACCAAAGCCAACGAGAGAUCCUCUCGCUCCCAUUCCGUCUUUAUCUUGAAGCUUAUCGGGGAGAAUAGCUUUACGAAAGAAAGGAGCGAGGGCACACUUAACCUGGUUGAUUUGGCGGGUAGUGAACGCCUCAGUCACAGUGGCGCAACCGGAGAGCGCCUGAAGGAGACUCAGAGCAUCAACCGAAGUCUAAGCUGCUUGGGCGAUGUCAUUGGUGCUCUGGGCCAGGGCAAGGAAGGCGGACAUAUUCCUUACCGGAAUAGCAAGCUCACUUAUCUUCUCCAAUUUUCUCUCGGAGGCAACUCGAAGACGCUCAUGUUCGUCAUGGUUAGUCCUUUGCAGGCUCAUCUGGGCGAAACAUUGACGAGUCUUAAGUUCGCAACCAAGGUACACAAUACGCACAUUGGAACGGCCAAACGACAAACUAGAGUCAAAGACUCGUAG